AUGGAAGAGGGCCGCGUGGUCGCGAACGCGGACGACGAGGACGGCGACGACGGCGACUCGGUAGCCGGAGCAGACGACCGCGACGGCGGCGGAGACGUCAGCGACGACGAUGACGACAGCGUCGAGGGCAUCGCUCGUCGGAGCCUGGCUUUGGAGCAGCAGCGACGGAACGGGCUCGAUGCCAUGCGCGGCGAACGCAGUGACCGUUGCAAUGGCGGCGGCGGCGGCGGGGGGGGCGGCGUUGUAUCUGACGGUGAGGCUUCCGUUCCCGACGGGCUCGAUAACGACGACGACGGCAGCGACGAUGGCGGCGACGACGGUAGCGACGGUGACGACGGGAAAAACGACGACGGUGACGACGGCGAGGAUGACGACGACGACGACGCGCGCGCGCUUCGCGAGGCAGACGGCGCGUCAAGCGCGGGAGACAGCGCAGCGGACGAGGCGAGCGCGUUGGAGGAGCUGCAGGAGAUGCUGCGGAGUCGGAUGGCCGUGGCGCCCGCGGGCGCAAGUGGCGGCGGCCGCGGCGGAGGCGCAGGCGGCCACGAUUCCGCCGCCAGCCACGCGAGCUCGCUCUCCGCGCAACCCCGCCAGCAGGAGCCGCUGUCGCCGCUUUCCGCGGCGCUCGAGGCAGCUUCCUCUGCCGCCGCGGCCGGCGCCGCCCCUGCUCCUGCCGCCGCCAGUGGCGGUGGCAGUGGCGCGGCGGCUGGUUCGGCUCCUCCGCCGAUGCGACUGGGCCAUGCGCAGGGCUCGGCUCGGAACCAAUGGGCGGCGAACCUAGCGACGAGGUUCGGCGAGCCGGAGCUGUUUGACCUGAUGUCGCCUCCCGUGUCUGAUGGUGGUUCGGAGGGAGAGUUGGAGGAUCGGAGCUGGGGUAGUGAGAGUGAAAGGAGUUUUGAGGGUGGGAGUGAUGGGGAGCGAGCGGGGGAGAGCGACGGGGAAGGGGAGAGUGUGCGGGGCAGUGUGGAGGAUAGUGUGGGGGAUAGAGAAAGUGUGGGCGAUGGCGAGAGUGUCACGGAGAGGGAGAGUGUGUCAGAUGACGGGGAGAGGAGGAGUGAGGGAGGGAGCGAUGAGGGUGGUGAGAGGUGGGGGGAGAGAAGGUAUGGUGAUGAGGAGGAGGAGAGAAUGGCCGGGGAUGGGAGUGAGGGCGCAGGUGAUAUGGGAUUGCACGAACUGAAGCCUGGAAGGCUUCUAUCCGGAGACAUGGCAGAGCAGAGGCAGCAGGAACAGCUGCAGCAACGGCAGCAGCAGGAGGAAGAGGAGGAAGAGGAGGAGGAUGUGGGAAGGCCCGAGUCGUGGCGCGGAUGGUGCUCUGCUGGUCACAGGCGCGUGGGGACUCUGGAGAGAAUCUGGGAAGAGGAGGAGAAGGAGGUGGAGGAGGAGGAAGAAGACGAGGAGGAAGAGGGAGGUGCAACAAAGAGUACGGAGGGCAGUGCUGCGGCGGCGGUGGUGGUGGCUCCUGUGCCGGGUGGACGUGCUUUGGCGACUGAAGCGCAGAGCGAUGGAGAGGCGGGUGAUAAGGUUGACACAUCGGAGCUAGAGAGGGAUAAGGACAGCGAAGGGAGGAGUGAGGUGGGGAGCGAGGAUGGGAGCGAGGAGGGGAGUGAGGAGGGAAGUGAGGAGGAGAGCGAGGAGGAGAGUGAGAAACUGACGGUUGAGAUACAGGCGAUGCUGAAGAAACUGAAGAGGGAUUUUAAGAAGGAGAGCGAGUGGGGAGGGAAAGAGGAGGAGGAGCAGCAAACAGAGGGAGUGAUGAUCCCUGCGGUGCAUGUGGUGGCGAGCAGUAGGGAGGAGACGGAGCCGGCAGAGGAUGCAGAGGUAAGAGAGGAGGUGAUUGGGUCAGCACAGUCAGGAGAGUUGUUGUUCCGUGAGGAUUUGUGUGAGGUGAGUGUUGUGUCGGCUGCUGCGGCGGUUGAGGGGGAAGGGCGGGAAGAAUUGGGGGAGACGGGAGGAGAGAUAGGAGGGCGGAGAGAGGAGGAGGAGAGAGAGGGUGAGAGGGCGAGUGAGAAUGGGAGCGAGAUAGGGAGCGAGGAGAGAGAGGAUAGGAGCGUUGGUGGCAGUGAAAGAGGGGAGUUAGAGAAAGAGGGUUCUGUUGUUGAGGUGAUAUCGAUUGGUGGGGGUGAUAGCGGUGACGACGCAGAGGAGGGGAGAGAAGGUGGGAGGUGGAAACGGGGAGGAGAGGGGGAGGAGGAGGGGAAUGAGGAAGAAGCAGCGUUGCAGACGAGUGUAUGUGAGGGUGGGGAGGGUGGGGAGAGUGGGGAGGGCGGUGAGGGUGGAGAGGGUGGGGAGCAAGAGGUGGAGGCAGUAGCAGCAGAGAACCGCACGGUUGAAGCCUCUGAGGAAGCCAGUCAAAGUCUGCAUGUCAACGCUGCCGAUUCUGCUGCUGCUGCUGCUGAUGAUAAGGGUGCAGAGGCAGGGGCAGGGGCCGAUGCUGAGAGUGCGGCGGCUCCUCCAAUGCCCAGAACCACCGGUCUUACUGCUGCUGAGCUUGACCUGAUUCUGCAUGCCAAUCCCGAGAGGGAUGAAGGCUCGGGCUCGGAUGCUGAACCGACUCCGAAGAUGCUCCGGCGAGGUGGACACGUGGCGGCUGCUGACGUGGCGAGGGAGGUGAGCACGGGAGAGUUGACGCCCGAACCGCUGUCGGGUUUCGAGUUGACUCCGAGGAGCGGGGAGUUGAGAUCUGAGUUUGUUUCGGAAUCGGAGUUGACACCGAGGAAGGGCGAGUCGACACCCGAUAUGACAUCCGAUGCUGAUUUGACGCCGAGAGGAGGGGCAUCGGGCGGGGAGUUGACACCCGAGAUGGUUUCCGAGUCGGAGUUGACACCGAGAAUGAUGGGAGAUGUAACGCCGGAGAUGACAUCCGAUGGUGAAACGACACCAGGGUUGACACCCCAGUUGACGCCUGAGUUGACACCUGAGGGCGAGGCUAGUAGUAGGUGGAAGGAGGGGGAGGAGGGGCGAUAUGGCAUGCACGGAAGGAGGAGCGAUGGUGAGGAUGAUGAUGAGGAGGAGAGAGAUAGGAGGGAAUGGGCGGGCAGGAAUGGAGGAGAGGGGAGGCGAGGGGGAGAGCGAGGGAGAGAGCGAGAUCGAGGGGAGUCGGACGGGGACGAGGAGGACGAGGAACGGAGCGUGAGGAGCGAGAGGAGCGAGCGCAGUGAGAGGAGCUGGGAGCGGGAGAGGGAGAGGGAUUCUGGUGAUGAGUGGGACGAGAGACGCAGCUGGGACGACCGACGUAGUUGGGAGGACAGGAGGAGCUGGGAGGAGGACGAGUAUAUCCGGCGACUGACCGAGGCAGAUGCUGAGGAGGAUAGGAGUAGCUGGGGGAGUGGAAGUGGGUCGGAGGGGGAGAGUGAGGGUGGGAAGAGGGGAAGGGGGAGGGUGAGGAGAGGGGAGGAGAGUGACGAGGGGAGUGGGUUGGAAGGGGGGAGUGAGGGUGAGAGUGGGUCGAUGGCGCUGCUGGGAGGGCUGGAAGCAGGGUUGGUGUGGGCGGAUGAUGGAGCGGAGGGGCUUGCAGCGAGCCGCCGAGGCAAAGGGGCUUGCGGUUAUCCACAGAUGGGUCCUGCGUCGCUUCGCUGCACUCCUCCUCCUCCCCUUCCUCCUCCCCACGCGCCUCCCCGCCGCUGUCCCCCUCCGAGUCCCCGCCCCGCUCCCCGCCGUGCUCGCCCCCGUCCUCACCGCUGGCGGCGCUAG